UAUAAAAGGGGCCCGGGCCACCGGUCGGAGCAGACGGGAGUUUCUCCUCGGGGUCGGAGCAGGAGGCACGCGGACUGUGAGGCCACGCAUGAGCGGACGCUAACCCCCACCCCAGCCGCAAAGAGUCUACAUGUCUAGGGUCUAGACAUGUUCAGCUUUGUGGACCUCCGGCUCCUGCUCCUCUUAGCGGCCACCGCCCUCCUGACGCACGGCCAAGAGGAGGGCCAAGAAGAAGACAUCCCACCAGUCACCUGCGUACAGAACGGCAUCAGGUACCACGACCGAGAAGUAUGGAAACCCGAGGUCUGUCAGAUCUGCGUCUGCGACAAUGGCAACGUGUUGUGCGAUGACGUGAUCUGCGAGGACACCAAGAACUGCCCCGGCGCCGUAGCCCCCCCGGGCGAGUGCUGCCCGGUCUGCCCCGACGGCGAGGUGUCGCCUACGGAUCUAGAAACCGCAGGAGUCGAGGGACCCAAAGGAGACACCGGCCCCCGAGGCCCGAGGGGACCCUCAGGACCCCCUGGCCGUGAUGGCAUCCCUGGACAGCCUGGUCUUCCCGGCCCCCCCGGGCCUCCCGGACCUCCUGGACCCCCUGGCCUCGGAGGAAACUUUGCUCCCCAGAUGUCUUAUGGCUAUGACGAGAAAUCAGCUGGAGUUUCCGUGCCCGGUCCCAUGGGUCCUUCUGGUCCUCGUGGUCUCCCUGGCCCCCCUGGCUCACCUGGUCCCCAAGGUUUCCAAGGCCCCCCUGGUGAGCCUGGCGAGCCUGGUGCUUCAGGUCCCAUGGGUCCCCGUGGUCCUCCUGGCCCCCCUGGCAAGAACGGAGAUGAUGGUGAAGCUGGAAAGCCUGGUCGUCCUGGCGAGCGUGGGCCUCCUGGACCUCAGGGUGCUCGGGGAUUGCCUGGAACAGCUGGUCUCCCUGGAAUGAAGGGACACAGAGGUUUCAGUGGUUUGGAACGUGCCAAGGGGGAUGCUGGUCCCGCUGGUCCCAAGGGUGAGCCUGGUAGCCCUGGUGAAAAUGGAGUCCCUGGUCAGAUGGGACCCCGUGGUCUGCCUGGUGAGAGAGGUCGCCCUGGAGCCCCUGGCCCUGCUGGUGCUCGUGGAAAUGAUGGUGCUACUGGUGCUGCUGGACCCCCUGGUCCCACUGGUCCUGCUGGUCCUCCUGGAUUCCCUGGUGCUGUUGGUGCUAAGGGUGAAGCUGGUCCCCAAGGAUCCCGAGGCUCUGAAGGUCCCCAGGGUGUGCGUGGUGAACCCGGCCCCCCUGGCCCUGCUGGUGCUGCUGGCCCCGCUGGAAACCCUGGUGCUGAUGGACAGCCUGGUGCUAAAGGUGCCAACGGCGCUCCUGGUAUUGCUGGUGCUCCUGGCUUCCCUGGUGCCCGAGGCCCCUCUGGACCCCAGGGCCCCAGCGGUGCCCCUGGCCCCAAGGGUAACAGCGGUGAACCUGGUGCCCCCGGAAACAAAGGAGACACUGGCGCCAAGGGAGAGCCCGGCCCCACUGGUAUUCAAGGACCCCCUGGCCCCGCUGGAGAGGAAGGAAAGCGAGGAGCCCGAGGUGAACCCGGACCUGCCGGCCUCCCUGGACCCCCUGGCGAGCGUGGUGGACCUGGUAGCCGUGGUUUCCCUGGUGCAGAUGGCGUUGCUGGCCCCAAGGGCCCCGCUGGCGAACGCGGUUCUCCUGGCCCCGCUGGCCCCAAAGGCUCUCCUGGUGAAGCUGGUCGCCCCGGUGAAGCUGGUCUGCCUGGUGCCAAGGGUCUGACUGGCAGCCCUGGCAGCCCCGGUCCUGAUGGCAAAACUGGACCCACUGUGAGUAUCACUCCCCCCUCGGCCCCCUUCCCCUCUCAGCAGGAUCACGGACCUGCCAUCUGGACUGGAGAGCCAGGUUUCCCUGAGCCCCCCGGCGCUGUGGGUCCUGCUGGCAAAGACGGAGAGGCUGGAGCUCAGGGAGCCCCUGGCCCUGCUGGCCCUGCUGGUGAGAGAGGAGAACAAGGCCCUGCUGGCUCCCCCGGAUUCCAGGGUCUCCCUGGCCCCGCUGGUCCUCCCGGUGAAGCAGGCAAACCCGGUGAACAGGGUGCUCCUGGAGACCUCGGUGCCCCUGGCCCCUCUGGAGCAAGAGGCGAGAGAGGUUUCCCUGGAGAGCGUGGUGUGCAAGGUCCCCCCGGCCCUGCUGGUCCCCGCGGAUCCAAUGGUGCCCCUGGCAAUGAUGGUGCUAAGGGUGAUGCUGGUGCCCCUGGAGCCCCCGGCAGUCAGGGUGCCCCUGGCCUUCAGGGAAUGCCUGGUGAGCGAGGUGCAGCUGGUCUUCCAGGCCCGAAGGGUGACAGAGGCGAUGCUGGUCCCAAAGGUGCUGACGGUGCUCCUGGCAAAGAUGGCGUCCGAGGUCUGACUGGCCCCAUCGGUCCUCCUGGCCCUGCUGGUGCCCCUGGUGACAAGGGUGAAACAGGUCCUAGCGGCCCUGCUGGUCCCACUGGAGCUCGUGGUGCCCCCGGAGACCGUGGUGAGCCUGGUCCCCCCGGCCCUGCUGGCUUCGCUGGCCCCCCUGGUGCUGAUGGCCAGCCUGGUGCUAAAGGCGAACCUGGUGAUGCUGGUGCUAAAGGCGAUGCUGGUCCCGCUGGUCCCGCCGGCCCCGCCGGCCCCCCUGGCCCCAUUGGUAACGUUGGUGCUCCUGGACCCAAAGGUGCCCGCGGCAGCGCUGGUCCCCCUGGUGCUACUGGUUUCCCUGGUGCUGCUGGCCGCGUCGGUCCCCCCGGCCCCUCUGGUAAUGCUGGACCCCCUGGCCCUCCUGGCCCCGCUGGCAAAGAAGGCGGCAAAGGCCCCCGUGGUGAGACCGGCCCCGCUGGCCGUCCCGGUGAAGUCGGUCCCCCUGGCCCCCCCGGCCCUGCUGGCGAGAAAGGAUCCCCUGGCUCUGAGGGACCUGCUGGCUCCCCCGGAACCCCUGGACCUCAAGGCAUUGCUGGACAGCGUGGUGUGGUCGGCCUGCCCGGUCAGCGAGGAGAGCGAGGCUUCCCCGGUCUUCCUGGCCCCUCUGGUGAACCUGGCAAACAAGGUCCUUCUGGCUCCAGUGGCGAACGUGGCCCCCCUGGUCCCAUGGGCCCCCCUGGAUUGGCUGGACCCCCUGGCGAGUCUGGACGUGAGGGAUCACCUGGUGCUGAGGGCUCCCCCGGACGAGAUGGAUCUCCUGGCCCCAAGGGUGACCGUGGUGAGACCGGCCCUGCUGGACCCCCAGGCGCUCCUGGCGCUCCUGGUGCCCCUGGCCCAGUCGGCCCUGCUGGCAAGAGUGGCGACCGUGGUGAGACUGGUCCUGCUGGUCCUGCCGGCCCCAUCGGCCCCGCUGGUGCCCGUGGCCCCGCUGGACCCCAAGGCCCCCGUGGUGACAAGGGUGAGACAGGCGAACAGGGCGACAGAGGCAUCAAGGGUCACCGUGGUUUCUCCGGCCUCCAGGGUCCCCCUGGCCCUCCUGGCUCUCCUGGUGAGCAAGGUCCCUCUGGAGCUUCUGGUCCCGCUGGCCCCCGUGGUCCCCCCGGCUCUCCCGGUGCUGCUGGCAAAGAUGGUCUCAACGGUCUCGCCGGCCCCAUCGGACCCCCUGGUCCUCGUGGUCGCACUGGUGAUGCUGGUCCUGUUGGUCCCCCCGGCCCUCCCGGCCCUCCUGGUCCCCCUGGUCCUCCCAGCGGCGGUUUCGACUUCAGCUUCAUGCCCCAGCCACCUCAAGAGAAGGCCCACGAUGGUGGCCGCUACUACCGGGCCGAUGAUGCCAAUGUGGUCCGUGACCGUGACCUCGAGGUGGACACCACCCUCAAGAGCCUGAGCCAGCAGAUUGAGAACAUCCGUAGCCCCGAAGGCAGCCGCAAGAACCCCGCCCGCACCUGCCGCGACCUCAAGAUGUGCUCGCCCUGCCCCAUCGCAGGAGAAUACUGGAUUGACCCCAACCAAGGCUGCAACCUGGACGCCAUCAAGGUCUUCUGCAACAUGGAGACCGGCGAGACCUGCGUGUACCCCACUCAGCCCACCGUGGCCCAGAAGAACUGGUACAUCAGCAAGAACCCCAAGGAGAAGAAGCAUGUCUGGUUCGGCGAGAGCAUGACCGGCGGAUUCCAGUUCGAGUAUGGCGGCCAGGACUCCGACCCCGCCGACGUGGCCAUCCAGCUGACCUUCCUGCGCCUGAUGUCCACCGAGGCCUCCCAGAACCUCACCUACCACUGCAAGAACAGCGUGGCCUACCUGGACCAGCAGACAGGCAACCUCAAGAAGUCCCUGCUCCUCCAGGGCUCCAACGAGAUCGAGCUCCGGUCCGAGGGCAACAGCCGUUUCACCUACACUGUCACCUACGACGGCUGCACGAGUCACACCGGAGCCUGGGGCAAGACAGUGAUCGAAUACAAAACCACCAAGACCUCCCGCCUGCCCAUCAUCGAUGUGGCCCCCUUGGACAUUGGCGCCCCAGACCAGGAAUUCGGCAUGAACGUUGGCCCUGUCUGCUUCCUGUAAACUCCCUCCACCCCCACCUGGCUCCCUCCCACCCAAACCCAUGGCCCCUGACCUCGGAAACAGACAAACAACCCAAACUGAACCCCCCCAAAAAGUCAAAAAUGGGAACCAAUUUCACAUGGACUUUGGAAAAUUUUUUUUUCCUUUGCAUUCAUCUCUCAAACUUAGUUUUUAUCUUUGACCAACUGAACAUGACCAAAACCAAAACCACAUUCAACCUUACCAAAAACCAAAAAAAAAAAAGAAUAAAUAAAUAACUUUUUAAAAAAGGAAGCUUGGUCCACUUGCUUGAAGACCCAUGUGGGGAUAAGUCCUUUUCUGCCCGUUGGGCGUAUGAUACCCCAACGCUGCCCUUUCUGCUCCUUUCUCCAUGCCUUCUUGGGGCCUCCCCUCCACUGCUCCCCAAAACUAAGUCUCCCCCAAAGACACAGGAAACCAUGCAUUGUCUGCCCAGCAACCAAAGGCAAUGCUAAAACACCCGAGUGGCCCUCCCUCACCCCGCACCCCCAAGCCCUGGGGGAACCUGGGGUUCUCAGACUGCCAAAGAAGCUUCACCAUCUGAGGUCCCCGGGGCCUCGCAACAUUCCCCUCUUCGUUUUUGAGGAGGGCGUGCCGGGGGGCCACAGGCCCUGCAUCGCCUGGUUUGGAGGAGAGUCAGGAGGGGCCACGACAGUGGAAACGUGUCGGUCCCCGUGCGCAGGGCUGAUGGGAGAGACUGCUCCGUUCCUUGUGUAACUGUGUUGCUGAAAGACUACCUCUCUAUGUGUCACCGGGGCAACGGCGUGGGGGCGGGACGGGGGCAGGAUGGAAGGGGCUCCCCGAUUUAUAUCAAAGGUGCUACAUCUCUGUGAUGGGGUGGGGUGGCGAGGGGACCACUGGUGCUAUAGAAGUGGAGACGCCCCACCCCGACCACCAGGCCAGCAAAUGUUCCUUUUUGUUCCAAGUCUUCUGAAUUCUUUGGUGUUUUUUUUUCUUCUCGUGGAUGGAGACGCAUGUGAAUUUUCUCCAGGUGCUACUUACCACAGGGGAGAGCGUGUGCCACUCACUCCUCGCCCUCUCUCCCCACCCCCUCGCCUGCCCGGGCCUCUCUCUCCAGACCUCUCUUUUCUGAAACCCGCUCCUCAGCUCCUCCCAGCCUCACUCCUCUCUCCUAGUCUGUCCUUCGCCCUCUCUCCUGGGUUUCAGAGCACAAGUUCCCCAAAGCACAAAGCAGUUUUCCCCCUGGGGUGGGAGGAAGCAAGAGACUCUGUACCUAUUUUGUAUGUGUAUAAUAAUUUGAGAUGUUUUUAAUUAUUUUGAUUGCUGGAAUAAAGCAUGUGGAAAUGA